GGCGGAGGAGCUGAGAGAUCAUCAAUGGCGGGUUGGAUCUCCUCCAAGCUGAAGGUCGCUGAAAGCCUACUUCAACAGAUCGACCAGCAAGCUGCGGAAUCUCUGCGAAAGAAUGAGAGGAUUCAAUCGAGUUCUUCUUCUUUGAGGGAAGAAGAGAUCUUCAAGAAGAUCGAGUCAUCCUUGCCUCUCAAGCAGCAGCUCCCCAAGAAAUCACCACCAUCUCCAUCUCCAUCUCCAUCUCCAUCACUAUCUCCAUCUUUAUCUCCAUCCCCUGCUCAGAAUUGCAGCCAAGAAGGUCCUCAGUUGCCGACGCCGAUGGCGAUUGGACCCAGCUUCUCAGUUCUCCCAAGCCCAUCUACCCCGUUGCUCGCCCGAGCCUGCGAUCGGGAACGACGACGUCUCAUAAGGGUUCUAAGAGACCUGGGUUUUUCAGCCUCUGGCGUGGAGAAGGGGAUCUCAAAGCCUGGAAUUACAGCAGAUCUUGUGCCCGCGGAUGGAAAUCUGAAGAGCGUCCCUAUAUCAGAGCCUGAUUCGUCUUCUGAUUCAACAUUGAGAGUUAUUGAUGCCACUGGGAAGCAUCAAGAAGAAGGUAACUCUGUGGAUGUUGGCCAAGAAGAUGAUUCCGGUGGGGUUGGGAGUUCUAGUGAAGUUGUGCGGAUUUCUGGUACUCAAGAUAUGUCGGCAAGGAGCCCUUCAGAGAGUGGUGAGGGCUCUGAUGUGGAGAGUGAUUCAGGUUCAACUUCUGAUUCGGAGGAGGAGAAUCGAAGGAGAGAAGAGAUGAGAAAGAGGAGGGAACAGAUGAUUAUGAAGAAGGCAGCGGCAGCUGCUGCAAUGGCCAUUCAAGAACGAGAGGAUGUUGUUGCUAAAUUAGAGGGUGAGAAGCAGAGCCUGGAGAAAAUACUGGAGGAUCGAGAAAGAAAGCAAGCACAAGAGGCAACAGAACUGCAAACAAGCAUGAUUGAAACAUUGGAGGCUGUUGAAAUUGAGAAGCAGAAACAUAACAGUACCAGAAUGGAAGCCCUUGCUCGCUUGGCUAAACUUGAGACCACAAAUGUUGAGCUUGCCAAGUCACUUGCAACAACCCAAUGGAAUCUUGAAGUGGAGGUGAAUAAUGUAGCUAAACUACGACAAGAAGUUGAGAUGAAGGAACUUGCUCAAGAAGAAUAUAAGCGGAGACUGUCUGUUGUCCACCAGGGUUAUCCUUCAAAUCAAAUAGAAUCUUCAAAGAGGGAUGAAAUCGAGCAAGAAAUACUUGAUGCAGAGUACUCUUUUAUAUGUGAUAAAAUCGCCAAGUUUAAGGAAAAAGCAAAGAAACUAGAAGAGAAUAUUGAGCUCACAAAAAGCGAGAUGGUGCAUCCAACAGAAAUAGAAGUUGAGCUCAAAAAGAGGCUUAGUCAAUUGACGGACCACUUAAUACAGAAACAAACCCAGGUUGAGGCUCUUUCUGCUGAAAAAGCAACAUUAUUGUUCAGAAUAGAGGCGACCUCCAGAAUGCUCGACGAAAACGGAGUAUCAACACAUGCUCCCGAUGCUGCAAACAAUUCAGGUACUGGAUUUGCAGAUUCCUUCUCAAGAGUGGACCUCGAGUCGGGAACACUGUUACCAUCAAACACUGCAUCAAAGCCAGCAUUACACGAUAAAAUCCGAUCCGGAAGACAACAACUUCAAUCAGUAAUAUACCAAUUAGAUGCUAUUUUCGUCUCCGGUACCAUCUUUCUCAAGAGAUACCCAAUAGCUAAGAGUUUAUCUAUACUUUAUCUAUUUUUCCUCCAUCUUUGGGUCAUGUAUAUAUUAAUGUCCCAUUCUCAAGUAUCUGAAAGUGCUAGCCAUGGUGCACUUCUUUCAUUGGAUUCCAUCAAUAGAACAUCAGGUUCCUAAUUGUUUUUGUAUUCACUGCAUUACAAAAUAAAAAUAUAUAUAUAUAUAUAUAUGAUAAACGUGUUUCAUUUGUUUGUAAUAUGCUCUUAAAGUCUUCUAUUAAUAUAAUUUUGCCAUUUUUUC